GGCGACGGAAGCAACAAUAGCUGACUGCAUGCGCGCGCGCGUGUAUGUGUGUGUGUGUGUGUGUGAUCGGAUCAACUGACCGAUAGGAGUUGGAUCAGGAUGGCCUUUCAGAACAAGAAAAGCAGCGCGAGACCCGCGGGUGACCGUCUCAUCAUCAAAGGAGGAAAGGUAGUCAAUGACGACCAGUCAUUCUACGCUGAUGUCUUCAUUGAAGACGGAACCAUCAAACAGAUUGGAGAAAACAUGAUCAUCCCUCCUGGAGUGAAAACGGUGGAUGCAUAUGGUCAGCUGGUGAUCCCUGGAGGAAUCGACGCCAACACCAACCUGCAUGCUCCGCAGAAAGGCCUGAACCCGGCCGACGACUUCUACCACGGAACCAGAGCAGCCUUAUCUGGAGGAACCACCACCAUCAUCGACCAUGUCCUGGUGGAACCCGGAACUAGUUUACUGUCAGCGUUUGAUCAGUGGAAGGAGACGGCAGAGCAGAUGGCAUGCUGUGACUUUUCCCUCCAUCUGGACAUCACGCGCUGGCAUGAUGGGCUGUUUGAGGAACUGGAGACACUCAUCAAGGACAAAGGUGUGAACUCUUUCCUCUUUUUCAUGGCCUACAAAGACAAAUACCAGAGUUCUGACUCUCAGCUCUACGAGGCGUUUGGGAUCCUUCGGGAUCUUGGAGCUAUUGCUCAGAUCCAUGCUGAAAAUGGUGACAUCAUUGAUGAGGAACAGAAGAAGAUUCUGAGUCUUGGCAUCACUGGACCUGAAGGACACGUGUUAUCUCAUCCUGAAGUGGUGGAGACGGAGGCGGUGUACCGGGCCAUCACCAUUGCCAAACAAGCCAACUGUCCACUAUAUGUUACCAAGGUGAUGAGCAAGUCUGCUGCUGAUGUCAUUGCCAAAGCCAGGAAGAAAGGUAUGGUAAUUUAUGGAGAGCCUAUCACAGCCGGUCUGGCCACUGAUGGCUCUCAUUAUUGGGCCAAAGACUGGGCCAUGGCUGCUGCCUUUGUCAUGAGCCCACCCCUCAACCCAGAUCCUUCUACCCCGCAGUAUUUUACAUCUCUGUUGGCAUGUGGAGACCUCCAGGUGGCAUCCAGUGCUCAGGCGGGCUUCUCCACUGCCCAGAAAGCUGUCGGGAAAGACGACUUCACUUUGAUCCCAGAGGGAACCAACGGCAUUGAGGAGAGGAUGUCGGUGGUCUGGGACAGAGCUGUGUCUACUGGGAAAAUGGAUGAGAACCAGUUUGUGGCAGUAACCAGCACCAACGCUGCCAAAGUCUUCAACAUUUACCCACGUAAAGGACGGAUCGCUGUUGGAUCUGAUGCUGAUGUUGUCAUCUGGAACCCAAAGGAGACACGGACCAUUUCUGCAAAGACUCACAACUUGACUGUGGAAGUGAACAUUUUUGAAGGUCUGGAGUUUCGAGGCAUUCCAUCUGUGGUCAUCAGUGGGGGUCGAGUCAUUUUGGAGGAAGGGAAACUCAGCGUGACUGAAGGUUCAGGUCGCUUCAUCCCCAGAAAAGCUUUCCCCGACACCGUGUACAAAAGGAUAAAAGCCCGCAGCAAAAUGGCGGAGGCUCGCGGCGUCCCCCGUGGAAACUAUGAUGGUCCAGUUCAUGAUGUCAUCUGUAUGACAAAGUCUGUCCCACCUACCCCAACCACCAGGGGGCCUACCUGUCCAAAAACACAGACUGGCCCACGAAACCUCCACCAAUCAGGAUUUACUCUGGCAGGGGCUCAGAUUGAUGACCACAUUCCUCGUCGAUCUGCUCAGAGGAUUGUGGCGCCCCCUGGAGGACGAUCCAACAUUACAUCAUUAUCUUAAAACGGGACGAUUUCAACUGUGUCAUUAAAGUAUUAAAAAGUCUCCGUUACUGCAAGACACAGCCACGUCCUACCACAACUACAUUUAUUACUACAUUGUUUAACUUCAGAAGCAGUAGAACUUCAUAUAGCCCACAGCUGUAGGUAUGUAGCUCCCCUUAAUUCAUUUAAUUCAUUUAACUCUCCAAUUUCAGUAGAAGAACCUCUUCUGCAACAUAAAAACCUGGUAACAGUAGUACUGGAAUUGUUAUGGAACUCUCAAACCAACUUCAGCGCUCAGUCCUGAAAUAAAAUUAGUCACUUGACCCUACUCCUCCACCUGCUACAACCUUACAGCUGCUACUGAUACACAAAGCAAUUUUGAAAAAAAAACUAAACAAUAGUGUUAACCUAAACCAGAUACCACUGCAACCUGUUUGCAAGGUCCUGUUAUGCUGUGAUACCUCAAUACCUUCCUACAAUCAUACUGCCAUGGACUACUACUACUAACUGCACCAGGAGUAAACCCAAAAACCAUUCUUAAAAUUU